UUCUAGUGGAUUCUGUUGUGGCCUGUGGCCUUUGUCUUGCUGAGAUGCUUCAAAGCCUUACUAAGAAUGUCUGGGUCGCCAUGAAACCCUACUAUACCCAGGUUUACCAGGAAAUUUGGAUGGGAAUGGGGUUAAUGACCUUCAUCAUUUAUAAAAUCAGGAGUGCUGAUAAAAGAAGUAAAGCUUUGAAAGGCUCCAGUCCUGCACCUGCCCAUGGCCAUCAUUCCCUGAGUCCACUCAUGAUGAAUCCUGUUGGCUAA